ACAGGCCCCGGCACGCCGCGCGGCGCGGUUGGGCCACCCGCCGUCAGGGGCCGGCCCCGCGGCACACCGGGCCGCUCGCUGCGGCGGCCCCGCCAAGCCUCGAGGCUCCGCGGGGUUCCGGGCUUGCGGCGGCGGGUAUAACAAGGAUACUGUAGCUGUUACUGAACUGGCCAACAUCUAGAGGUAUCUGCGUUUUUUUCUUAACCUGCCACAGACUUCUUCAGUGAAGUGGGAUCAAUGGGUGUAUAUGUCUUUUCACCUCAUCUAAAGUGGUUCCAUGUCUUGUUUGGACUGUUCCUGUAUUCUGCGUACACCAGUUGAGUCAAUCCGACCAGAAAAGCAAUCUCAGAGCAGCAGCCAUGAAUCCCUGGCUGAUUCUGAGCUAGCCUGGAUUCCCCCAUCUAAAGGAGGGAAUGAAAUGAUAUUUUGCUCUUCCAAUGUCUCUCACUAUGAACUCCAGGUGGAAAUAGGAAGGAGAUUCAACAACUUAACUUCAGUCUACCUUGCACGGCAUACACCUACAGGCAUGCAAGUUGCUGUAAGGAUCACAGACCUGGAAAGCUGCUCAGAAGAGCAUCUGAAAGCUUUACAGAAUGAGGUGGUUUUAUCCCACUUUUUCCAGCAUCCCAACAUAAUGACGCUUUGGACAGUGUUUACAGCUGGUAGUUGGCUUUGGGUCAUUUCUCCAUUCAUGGCCUAUGGUUCUGCUAGACACCUGCUGAAGACUUACUUUCCUGAAGGAAUGAGUGAAGCUUUGAUAGGGAACAUUCUGUUUGGUGCAAUCAGAGGAUUAAAUUACAUGCACCAGAACGGCUACAUUCACAGGAAUAUUAAAGCUAGCCACAUUCUGAUUUCAGGGGAUGGACUGGUUUCUCUCUCUGGCUUAAACAACCUCUACAGUUUAGUUAACAAUGGACAAAAGUCAAAGGUGGUGUAUGACUUCCCUCAGUUCAGUACAUCUGUGCUUCCUUGGCUGAGCCCUGAACUACUGAGACAGGAUUUGUCUGGGUAUAAUAUGAAGUCUGACAUUUACAGCGUGGGAAUAACAGCAUGUGAAUUAGCCAAUGGACAUGUUCCAUUUCAAGAUAUGCCUCGCACUCAGAUGCUGCUGCAGAAGCUGAAAGGUCCCACGUACUACCCUUGGGAUAUAAAUGCCUUCCCCCAUGGGGAAUCCAGAAUGAAGAAUUCCCAAUCAGGUGUUGAUUCUGGAAUUAGUGAGAGUAUGACACACACAAUGACCAGCGAAAGACUACAAAAUCCUGUUUCCAAAACAUUUUCCCCUGCAUUCUACAACUUGGUAGAACUUUGCUUGCAACAGGACCCUGAGAAAAGGCCAUCAGCAAGCAGUUUGCUUUCUCAUACGUUCUUCAAACAGGUAAAAGAACAAACACAGAGCUCACUACUGUCCCUAUUACCGCCUCCUGCCCAAAAUAACAGAUCAGAGCUCUUGACGCUGCCCUCAGCAGCAGCUGAGGCUGAAUUUGGAUGUAUUACUGCAAAUCAACAUGAUACAGACUGGGAAUUUUAAGUAGAUACCAAACAAUCAUACCUCUCCUGUGCUUCAAAGAAGGAAAAUGUGAUUUCUACUUGCUGCUUCAGUUUGUAUGGUUACAAUACAUUUAGACAUGGUAUACUUGAAAAUGCAGUUUAACUGGCCAUAUUUCCUUAACUUCAUCAUAUGUUUCUAUCAUGAAGUACAGUAUGCCUCAUUUUUUUUCAGAUCACAAGCAAAACUGCAUGUAGGGAACAAGUGAAUUCUUAUCUCCCUCUUUCAAAAUAUUUCUUAACAAACAUGAGGGUUCCUGCUGUAUUUUUACUUUAUACUGCACUUUUUAGCUCGUAUUACUGCAGUCCAAGUGCCUUUCUGAAUUCAGGCUUUGUCUUUUGUCUACAGUUUUUCUUCAGUAAUCUAUUCAUCUUUCAUUGUUGCCUAAAUUAUCUUAGUGAGGAGGAAUCUUCCAUUUUCAACUCUAAAGCUGAAUCUGCAGAAAUGAGUUUUUUAUACAAAUGUUUCUCUCUCACACCUCCCAAAAGGCAUGUUGCUCAGUUGACAUGCUGUCGGUGUUUGCCCUAAAUUAGCUAUCCCUCAAGUCUUUCCUGCAGUUUCAGUACUGUAUGUUGACCAAAGAAGCUAGCUGAAAAGAUGACUCACACUCUUCCAUUUUUCUGCAUUUUUAGUACAGAUUUGUGCUUUUGCAUCUCCAUUUACUGUUGCAUCAUCUUAACAAGCAAUCUGAGAACCUCCGAUAAUGUAAAGAAAGUCUUAAGUUUUUUGAAGACCUGUUAAAUGAUCUGAAGUCACUGUAUGUGUUUUUGUUUAUACUGAGUACCUGUCCACCACCAAGAACUAUCUAAACCCUAAUAUUGUUUUCUCAAAAGAACUUACAAAACAAAAUUAAGCUUCACCAGUGUUGCUGCUUGCAAACAUCAUCUGCAGUUGGCUUCCCAUGAUUUGAUUCAGCCAGGGCAAGUAUUCACAAGAAUCUGAGAGGUUUUAUUGUCUCUUCCCUGAUGAAAAACCAUCCUUGUGCCUACAAAUCACUGACUUCUCAUCUCUCACACUACACCAAGCAACUCAAGCUGAACAAAAGCAGCAUUUUUUUAAAAAUAAAAAAAUAAGCCACAACCUUAUCAUGUUUUAUAAAAAGCUGUGUCCCAAGCCACUACUACUUGCUAACAUAUGUUCUGACAAUAGUGAAAAUGUAUAGAUAGUGAAUGGAUACAUUUCAGUUUUUCAACACAUGGAAAUUCCACUGUGAAGUACUCAAAUCUGACAUAGUUGGGCCAAUCUGCAACCAGCCCUGCAAAUACUACUGCUUUGCCAGAAGCUUCUCUUCAAAGCCUUGAAUGCCAAAUGACUGGAAGGCAAGCCUGAGACACAACCAAUUCUAAAUAAUCACACUGAAGUACUAACAAAUUACUUGAUGCUACUCUUACGCUGUGAAGGGAACUCAUAGUUCAAAACAUAAUAAGUAAAACUAAGCUUAAGAGCCUCUCAAUAAACUUACCUUGUUUGCCUUCACGUAUUUCUGUAAUUCUUGUACUCCUAUUUUCACCACAAUUCAAUCAUACCGACAGCUUCUUGUUACUGCAAGAAAUGUUUCAGAUUUAUGUCAGUCAUUAGUUAAGAAAAUAGUUGUCUAAGCUACUAAGCUACUCUUGUUAAUCAUAAAAAUAGCUUGUGUGCUCUUCAGAGAAGACAUUAGUCUCUCACGAACCCCAAAAAGUUCUUGAUCCCUAACCACUGUAAAUCUUGAUUGUUUUAAAAUAAACUAUAUAGCACCUACAAGUAUUUUUAAGUAACUGUACAUGCAAACCCCAAGUCAAAAAAGUGAAAAUAGACAUGAAAUUGCACAUACUUUAAUUACAGAUGUCUGAAUGAACAUUAUUUCACUGUUUUGUUUUUGUUCUUAAGAAAACCUAAUGCCAAAUUUUCAGGCAGCUGAAGCUCUAGUGUUUGCAGGCUCACUUGAAAUAAUGGUACUCCGCACUCUUUGUAAAAAUAAACUUGAAUACUAGGAACAAAGCGAAGUAAAGUAUAGCUGACUUAAACAGCCAAAUAUUCCAGUAGAGUUACUAUGCUGCUAUCUAUCUCUUUCCAUAGAAAAAAUAAAAGUACUUUUUUCCAAA